AUGGCGGACCAGAAAAUCUACCAAGCAAGCACCACGGCUCCAGUGAACAUCGCUGUAGUAAAAUACUGGGGAAAACGAGACCCCAAGCUCAACCUACCCACCAACUCCUCAAUAUCAGUAACCCUCUCCCAAGCUGAUCUACGUACACAUACAACAGCAGCCUGCUCAGCAUCCUUCCCAACCUCCGACUCCCUCCUCCUGAACUCAUCUCCCCAAGAUGUCACCGGAGCGCGAACCCAAGCCUGCUUCCGCGAACUGCGCUCUCUGCGCGCUGCCCUCGAGGCCUCCGACUCUUCUCUCCCAAAACUCUCUACCCUACCCCUAAAGAUCGUCUCUGAGAACAAUUUCCCCACCGCAGCAGGCCUAGCUUCCUCAGCAGCAGGCUUCGCAGCUCUCGUCCGCGCAAUCGCAAACCUGUACGAGCUAACCUCCUCGCCCACCGAACUCUCCCGAAUUGCUCGCCAAGGAAGCGGAAGUGCGUGUCGAUCGCUAUUCGGCGGCUACGUAGCCUGGCAAAUGGGCACCAAGGAUGACGGCUCAGACAGUCUAGCGGUCGAAGUCGCGCCCGCAAGUCACUGGCCUACCAUGCGUGCUCUCAUCCUUGUUGCAUCGGCAAAGCAGAAAAAGGUCAGCAGUACGUCUGGAAUGCAGACUACGGUUGCUACCUCUGAGCUGUUUCAACGGCGCGCGGAGGUUGUGGUGCCGAAGCAUAUGGAGGAGAUGGAGAAGGCUAUUAAGGAGAAGGAUUUCGAGGCUUUUGGGAAAGUAACGAUGAUGGAGAGUAACAGUUUUCAUUCUACGUGCUCGGACACUUUCCCUCCGAUUCGGUACAUGAAUGACGUUUCUUGGGCUGCUGUUGGCGUUGUCGAAGAUAUCAACCGCAAGGCCGGCAAAAUCGUUGCUGCGUACACCUUUGAUGCUGGGCCUAAUGCAGUGAUAUAUUAUGAAGAAGCGAAUACCGAUAUCGUUGCAGGUGUUGUAAAGGGGGCUCUAGGAAGCGUCUCUGGAUGGGAGUCACGAGAUAUCAAAGCCCAGGCCAGUGAUGUCUUGGAUGUAGCUGAUGUGGAGGUAUUGAACAAGGGUAUAACGAGGGUGAUUCUCACCCAGGUUGGAGAGGGCCCGAUUAGGACCGAGGAGUCGCUGAUAUGA